AGAGCGAUCUACCUUUUGCUAAAACAGUUACACAUCUGAGGAAGCAAAGAUGACUGCGGAAAGGCAGAGUCCGUUCCUGUCUGGUGGACCGACCCGUCGGGACCGUCUCCCCGUGUUGGUCGGGCCGCUGGUCGGCGUCCUGGCCGCCCUGGUGUGCGGGAUCAGCGUGCUGACGGGGGUGGUGGUGGUGCACAACAUGCAGCAGGAGCUGACCGCUGCUAGAGAGCGCCUGGCUGUUCUGGAAAACCUCUUCGCUGGCUUCACUGGCGAGGACCAGGCCGUCGAUCUGUCUGAAAACGACGGUGUGAUGACUCCUGACGACGGGGACCAUGGUGCCGUGCGAGUGAAGAGAGACGGGCCAGCCUUGGGCGGGCGUUGCCCACAGGGACCGCCUGGUCCCGCGGGACGGGACGGAGUAGCAGGGCGGGACGGACGGGACGGAGUCCAAGGCUCGGCUGGACCGACCGGACCUGUCGGCUUACAGGGUCCAGCCGGGGACAAGGGAGACACGGGACCACCGGGAAGAGACGGGGCGCCAGGCGAAGGAGGAAGUGUGUACACCCGAUGGGGGAGGAAGACUUGUGCUGGUAACAGCGAAGCAGAGCUGGUGUACUCGGGUGUAGCAGGAGGCACAGCACACAACCUGCCAGGCGGUGGGACCAACUACCAGUGUCUGCCCACCAACCCACAGUGGGGGAGGUACGAAGAUGGGCGUCAAGGGGCCAAGGCUUACAUGUACGGUGCUGAGUACCAGUUGGACAGAAACGUCCCGUUCGGCUCCACCUCCCUUCACGAUGACGACGUCCCGUGUGCGGUCUGCUACGUCCCAACCCGCGGCGGUAAGUUGAUGAUCCCCGCCCGUAACACCUGCCCCACCGGCUGGACCCAGGAGUACGAUGGCUACCUCAUGGCUGGUCACUACAACCAUCCCGGUGCUAAAGAGUACGUCUGUGUGGAUGAACAGCCCGAGGCCGUAACAGGCGGACAAGCCAACGAUAACGGCGCGCUGUUCUACCCCGUGGAAGCCCGCUGUGGGUCCCUGCCGUGUCCUAACUACGUGGAAGGGAGGGAGCUCACCUGUGUCGUCUGCACCAAGUAGAACUGUUCACGGAACAUCCAUUCUGUAAUUACUAGUAUAUCAUUUUCCAACAAUAUUAAUACGCAGCUCUUGUCUUGACACCUAUUGAUACCUGCUGAGAAAAACAGGUUAUCAUAUCAUAUCAGAGUUGACACUCACACCUUUCUAUAAUAUUUCUGUUUGAAGAUCCAUUUUGUCAAAUCCAGCUGUUUGAUGCAGCUGAGUUGUGUUUGGUGAUUUUCCUAAGCUUUUGAUAGUUGAUGUAACGAAGUCUGUGACAUUGGCACGAGGGCAUUGUUAACAGAAUUUCAAGUCUUCUGUGGUUUUGCUUUGUCCAUAAUUAGAAUAACUACAUUUCUUGGGAACUUCGAUAAAGUGUGCCUGGCCAGAAUAACAAUUACUAGUUUGCGAAGUGUUUAAAGUGGCAACUAAAUGAUGUGUGAUUCAAUGUUCAUUCCAACGUCAUCACUGUCACACUGUUUGAAAUUACGCUCAUGUGAAGUUAGAUUCUAUUGUAAUGGAAUGACACAACAACUUAGAGAAUAUUAUAAAAUGUCAUUAGGUGUUGGUUUGGCUACAAGUGCUCAAAUUAAAGCUAGUCAAAUCAAGUCUUUUCCCUACAUAUUCUUAUAGUCUAAUUUUCUACUUGUAAAAGUCAAGUCUGCUCCACAUGUUGGCAUCUAUGUGUAUAUUUUGGCGUGCUCAGUGGUUGACGAUGUGAUCAUGUUCGAUUGUAUGCUGUUUUGGUUUUCGCAAUAAACAACUGCAUGGUGUGUA